AAGGAAAGGUGCGGCUUCUAUGGCCGCGAAUGUCAUCUCGUCGGGUUUUUUGAUUUUGACGUAGCAGUACAACUAUUGAGAUCAAUAGCAAAAAGAUGCGUCGCGCCAACCUGAAUCUAUCCAGUGCAAAACUAUCGUACUCGUAUAAAUGCAAGUCUUGCAUCACAAAUCUUGUUCCCAAGGAAAAUCAGCAUUACAAAUUUUAUUUCUCACGCUGAGGAAAUUUGUAAUGCAUUUAUACGAGUACGAUACUUUUGCAGUUCAUAGAAUCUCGGCGAAGACCACGUCGGGUUUUCCUUCGAGCUCCUAUCGAUUGCAAAAAUGUCUGGGUCUGGGAGAUUGCGAUAUUUGUCAUGCUAGUCUGGUAUGACUUUAUAUCUGUAUUGCGUGGCCGCGAAGAGCUCCUCUUCCCUGUCUUGCAAAAAUGCGGUUUCUCAUGCGGAGUGCGCAACUCACUGAGAACAACAAAAAAACUUGUCAUGCUGGGCAGCGCAUUACAGUGUGCUCACUAUUCCCUUCCUUGCAUCACAAGUUUCCAGCCCCAGACAUUUUUGCAGUUGAUAGCUGCUCACGGGUUGCAUGUUGGCGAUCGCGGUCUUCUCGGGGCUGCAGGCAGUCCUUGUUCCGCGGGAGUGGUGCGUGGUAAUGGUUUUGGUCGGUGGAGUCACUUUGGUUUCCUACGUGCAAUACACCAAUAUGCGGGACCAGUGGGACGAAAGCAGAUUCGUUCCGGUCGCGGCAAGAUACAUGGAUAUGCAAUGCAAAUAGAAUCGAAGAUCUGUCGUGUCUUCUACGGUUGUGAAGAUCAUGUUAGACUAGUUCGAAGGUCGUGACAAGAUGGAUCUGGUCGUAAGUGAAAAAAUAAUACCCGAACAGGUCGUGCUGGAAGUAGGGAGUUUAUCUAUCAUGCGAUUUAUUGCGAAUCGUAUUGAAUCUGUAGUAUGUAAGUCGAAGUUGUGUGCAGUGGCUUGUCAACAUACCCUACUCGCUGCCGUAGAUUGAUAGUCGACCACCUCCAGCUGUUGUUACUAACAACGCAAGAAUAAUCAGCGUCUCGUAUGAUCACCAUUACGUGCAUCCUUCUAGAAGACCCGGACAACAUAUUUGCAUUUGAUAAUUCAUUGGUGCGAUUUAUUUUGUUGGCGUGCUUCUGGUGCGUGGUCGUGGACGUGGAUGCGCAAGCAGCAGCAAAGAUUAUUUCCUGUCAUCUUCAUUAUGCCUCGCUGGAUGAGUGAGAAUGCCAAAGUUGUCGUUUUGUUUCCACAACAAGGGCACCAAGUCCUAGUACUAGAGCGCAAAGCAGCACAUUGUCACAAGUACAAGUUGCAAAAAACACACCAGGAUCGUCACCAUUCCGCUGCAAUUAGUCGAAUUCUACCUGCUGUUGAAAGUGGCCACUCCGCCGCCCGAGGAGCAUAA